GUUAUUGAAGAGAAGAAAACUUCUUGUAUUGAAGGUUAAUAAAAUGAAAAAACGUGGAGAAUAAAAAAGUAAAGUUGACUGUUACAAUAUAAGAGCAUCUGCAUCAGUGAACUCUAUGGGGAGUUCACACAGUUUUCGAAAAAAAAAAUAUUAAAAUAAACAAAAGCAAUGAACCUGCCUCUUGGAAGUUCACUGCACUGAACCCGGAUCAUCACUGUAGCACGGAUCCCACAACACGUGGUGGCCCGCGAUUGGUCCGAUUAAUAAAUUUUUUUUUAAACAAAAAUCAAACAGAAAAAGAAUAAUAAUAAAAAAAUACUUUGUGAAUCUUUUCCAUGGGUUCACUAAUGCUGAUGCUUAAGAUUAUAAUCACUGACAAUGAAGGUUUGACACUUUGACCCCAUAAUAAAAGCCAGGCCAUCAAAAAGGUAAAUAAUCUCUUUUUUAGUCAAAUUUCAAAAUAUGGGAGCCGAACCUUUGCAUUCCUUAGAAGCAUAAUCACAUUGACCAAAAAAACUCACAUUUUGUUUUCACCAAACAUAUCUCAUAUAUCACCACCACAUAACGAUUGUUACCUUUUUUUUUCUUUUGGUCAAAAUAACCAUUGUUACCUAAUUACAAUUAGGUUCCCUUACAAUUAUUUGAAACAAAUAUUUCAUGGAUGCAGUGUGGUCUUAUAAUUUCUAUGGAUGUCAUUAUUUACAGGGGUUGAAAGGUGACGAGGAAAUAAAUUUACUGAAAACAAUAUAAAUGCGAAAGAGAUUAAUAAGUUGACAUUAUUAAUACCUACUCACAUGUCCCUCGAGGACUCUCUAUAAUAAAAUAUUAUUCCUUCAUUUCUGUUUUGACAGAAGAAUAUUAGAGAACGUGACGAUUUUGGCUCCUUUCCAUAGGAAAAAAAAAUACAUUGCAUCUUCCCAAUUUUUCUGGAUUCAUAUCGAUCCCGAGGUGGGUUUUGAUUUGAAAAAAAUGGCCGAAGAGUAUACAGAAUGUUUGCUGGAGAAUAAUAAGUACCAUGAGCAUUGCCCUGGCUGCAAGGUUGAUCAGAUGAAGAAGUCUCGCAGAGGAUUCCCUUUCUCCGAGCUUUUGUCCGUUUGGAUCAUCGUCCUCUGCACCGCUCUGCCCAUCUCUUCUCUUUUCCCAUUCCUUUACUUUAUGAUUAGUGAUUUUGACAUAGCAAAGAAGGAAGAGGACAUUGGGUUUUAUGCUGGAUUUGUUGGUUGCUCUUUCAUGCUUGGACGAACGUUAACAUCUGUCAUCUGGGGAAUCAUGGCUGAUCGUUAUGGUAGAAAACCAGUAAUUCUCAUAGGAACUGCGUCAGUGGUCAUUUUCAAUACUCUCUUUGGUCUAAGUGUAAAUUUCUGGAUGGCCAUCAUCACCAGAUUCUGCCUCGGUAGUUUCAACGGCUUACUUGGUCCUAUAAAGGCAUACGCAAUAGAAAUAUUCCGUGAUGAAUAUCAAGGUUUAGCACUCUCAGCUGUAAGCACAGCAUGGGGCAUUGGACUCAUCAUUGGCCCUGCUAUGGGAGGUUUUCUUGCUCAGCCUGCCAAGCAAUAUCCAAGUUUAUUCUCAGAGGAAUCAGUUUUUGGGAAGUUUCCCUACUUCUUGCCCUGCUUAGUAAUAUCUUGUUUUGCACUUUUGGUGACCAUUGUCUCACUGAGGAUUCCGGAAACAUUGCACAAUCACAAGAUAGCUGAUGAUGCAUCAUCACAUGAUGAGUCAAUGAAAUUUUUGUCCCAUGACCCUGAGUCUCAUAAAGUGACUGAGAGAAAUGAAAAAAACUCUCUCCUGAAGAACUGGCCAUUGAUUUCAUCUAUUAUUGUAUACUGCAUCUUAUCACUCCAUGAUAUGGCUUACACAGAGGUCUUUUCAUUGUGGGCAAACAGCCCCAGGAAAUAUGGAGGCUUGGGAUACACCUCUGCAGAUGUUGGUUCCGUUCUUGCAUUUUCUGGGUUUGGUCUUCUUGUCUUUCAGCUUUCACUCUACUCUUAUGCGGAGAGGCUUUUAGGACCAAUCGUUGUUACUCGUAUAUCUGGGAGUCUGGGUUUAGUUCUCUUAUCAAGUUACCCUCUAAUAGCAAAGUUAUCUGGUUUAGCCCUUACCCUGACGCUAAACUGUGCAUCCGUAGCAAAGAAUGUUUUAAGCGUUUCUGCUAUAACUGGCUUAUUCAUACUUCAAAACAAUGCCGUAGGACAAGACCAAAGAGGAGCAGCCAAUGGGCUUGCCAUGACAGGGAUGUCUCUUUUUAAAGCAAUAGGUCCAGCCGCAGCAGGAAUCAUAUAUUCUUGGAGUGAGAAACGUCAGAAUGCUACUUUUCUUCCUGGCACACAAAUGGUAUUCUUUAUUCUGAAUACGGUCUUGGCACUGGGAGUUGUAUUGACGUUCAAACCAUUUCUAGCUGAAACAAAGCAGUAGAUUUCGAUGAAAUUUUGAUGGUAUUCAAAUUAUACAUCCGAUUUGUAUUUUUAUUUUAGAUUGUUUUAUAGCCUGAUGUCAAGUUAGAUCAGAGAAGACUUGUUUGAACAAUAAUACGAUAAAAACAUUAACACUCUUAGCUUUCA